GUGGGAUUUCCAGGCUUCCAGAGAGCUCCGUGUAUUCCUGCCUCUCUAUCUUAGGAUCUAUGCGGCUUCAACGACAGCAAAGACGGACCGCUUGCACCUUUAGUAGCUCCAGAUCGGCCCACACAUUGCACACUGGACCUUUUUUCUACAUGCGACUCCAAUCGGAAUAAAUAAUUGAGGAAUGUGGAAAUUACAGAAUGCCCAACAGCGCUGGAAAGAGAUUUAAACCCACCAAAUACAUCCCAGUGUCCACUGCUGCCACACUCCUUGUGGGAUCGACCACUUUAUUUUUCGUUUUCACGUGCCCCUGGUUGACAAAGGUAAUCUCUCCCGCUGUGCCUCUCUACAAUGGCCUGGUCUUCCUCUUCGUCUUGGCCAACUUCAGCAUGGCAACCUUCAUGGACCCUGGUGUUUACCCCAGAGCGGAUGAGGACGAGGACAAGGACGAUGAUUUCCGAGCGCCGCUCUACAAGAACGUGGAGAUCAAGGGCAUUCAGGUCCGGAUGAAGUGGUGCGCCACCUGUCACUUCUACAGGCCGCCUCGCUGUUCGCACUGCAGCGUCUGUGACAACUGUGUGGAGGACUUUGACCACCACUGUCCCUGGGUGAACAACUGCAUUGGACGGAGGAACUACCGCUACUUCUUCCUCUUCCUGCUGUCGUUGAGCGUCCACAUGGUCGGAGUUUUCUCCUUCGGUCUCAUCUUCGUCCUCCACCACCGAGAGAGACUGGCAGCGCUGCACACCACUGUCACUCUGGUGGUAAUGUGCAUAGCGGGGCUUUUCUUUAUUCCAGUCAUGGGGCUCACAGGUUUCCAUAUGGUGCUCGUUGCUCGAGGUCGAACAACCAAUGAACAGGUGACGGGCAAGUUUCGCGGAGGAGUAAAUCCCUUCACUAAGGGUUGCUGUGGCAACGUGGAGUAUGUCUUAUGUAGUCCCCUGGCACCCAGGUACAUGUUGGACCCCAAGAAAAAGCCCCAUGUCAAAAUUCAGCCCCCAUUCAUCAGACCUGACCUGUCAGACAGGCAAAUCACCAUCAAGAUCAGUGAUAACGGCAUCCACAGCACCAUCAUCAGCUCCAAGUCCAAAAGCAGCCUAGACGGCCUGGAUGAGAAAGAAACCCAGCCGCCGCUGCCGCCCAAAGCUGACAGGUACAACCAGCUGAAAGGCCAGCUGACCUCCAGUGAAGAGAGUUCUCUUUCUGGUAAGACCCACCCUUCCACUCCAGCCAUGUACAAAUUCAGACCGUCCUUUGGCACCAUGCCUAAAGUCCACUACCACACCGCUGGAGAGAAGAUUGUAAUGCCAGAUGACCGGAAGACCUCUGCCAUCUUGGAAGAGGGUGUCCGUGGACAUGACUACCGAUCCGAGCCAAACCUGGAUCUGCCUGAGUACACCAACGCUCCCCUCCACCGCACCUUCCAGUCCUCUCCCCUCCAGCUGGACUCUGACCCUAUCAACUCGCGCUCUCUCAGCCUGAAGCAGGGUCAGCGCCGGCCGGAGAAGGGCCAGCUCCCAGCCCUGCAGCCACAGACAGUCACCUCCACCCCGUACAAGAGUGUCUUCUCGCCCAACACGCUCUCCAACCGUAAUGGCAGCUUGUCUUAUGACAGCUUGCUCAACCCCAGCAUCUCCCCAGCCGCUGCCAGUGAGUGCAUGGCCCAUCGUGGUAUGCCCUCCAUGGGGUUCCACUCGCCCUACCUGCCCACCAAAAUGUGCCACAUCCGGGAACCUGAAAUGCAGAGGCACCAGGUCGCCCCCACCUACAGUCCAGUGAUGCCGCCCAGGGGGGUGGGCAGACAAUCCCCCCACCUUAGGGAAAGGGACCCAUCCCCGGUGCGCUACGACAACCUCUCCCAGACCAUCAUGGCCUCCAUCCAGGAGCGAAAGGAGAUGGAGGAGAGGGAGAAACGGCAGGUAAUGCACGGGCGCUCCCAGACCCAUAUCUAUGCCCAGGACUCUGGCGUGUUUGAUGGGGGCUACGGCCUACCCCCCAAUACUUGCUACCAAGAUGGGCCUCGUGGCCCUGGCUCCAGAGGCCCAACACCCCCGGCCUAUGGAGGCUCCAGGGACAACCUGAUGGGGGUAGGCCUAGUGAGCUAUGGGCAACGAACCCCUGUGUUGCGUCAUGCCGGCUCCACGCUGGGCCGCGCCCCUAGGACUUCAUCCACCUCCCUGCAUACAGAUCACAGUAGCAGCAACAGCAGCCAGAGCAGGGCCACUUGCCCCGAGGGCCCCUAUCGCUCCCCAGCCCACCAGCCCCGCUCCCCUGCUAUGCCCCGAUCCCCCUCCUACUCCCACCAGAAACUCUCCUACAUCAGUGCCCUAGAGAGGACAGACUCACCUCGUCUGGGGGGCCCAAGAGAGGCCAUGAAAGUUAAUGGGCAGAUGGACUGCCACCCCAGUGCCCAGGGUCCCACCCUCAGCCCCAGUCGCCACAAUAACGUCAAAAAGGUGACAGGAGUAGGAGGCACCACAUAUGAGAUAUCAGUGUGAGCAGGGACAUCCACCUCCAACGACAACGGCCACCCUGCUGCAAAGAGAUUCUCUCCUCUCUGUUGUUUUAGUAAAGUCUAGAUAACGGCCAGUCAGGGGCAAAUAGCACUCCCUGUUUUGGAGUUACUGUCCAAUCAGAGGAACUGUCUGCUCUUGUGUGGGUCUGUCUAGCCAAAUGCCUGUGUGUGUUCAUACUUGAGGGGCUGUUUGUCAGUUGAUACCGCGGUCGCAGUAUGUAUGUGUGAGGAGUGUCUUGUCGUUAACAUUUUGUGGCUCAUCGUCUUGGUCGUAAGAGUGGACCGUUACUGUUAUUACCGUUGUCUCUCAGCUGUGGUCAUGAAGCGUACAUUGAUCCAAAUGUCACACAUACUUUGCUCCAGCAAGUGCUGAAGGCUGAACAAAAACACUACAGAUGAAUUAAACACUGACACCCUCACUAUGGAUCUCUGUGAGAAGACUAAAUGUCCUUUACGAGUCAAUCGACCUCAAGAAGUCAAGGUGCUUCACAUUAACCUGUACUGUUCAUGCCAUCUCCAGCAUGUUUGGUGGAGUUAUGAUGGAGGACUGAUCAGUUAGAUCAACUGCAUUUGCAGGCAACGUGAGACAAGUGACAAGUGAGUGAGCUGGGAAAGGAAAUGUCAUCGUAUCACAUCUGGUGGCUGCAUUCCAAAUUCACUGAGAAAGGCUUUGCUGUUGAUUAAAAGUAAAAAUAAACUUAAAAUCUGUCUUUGUCAAAAGGAAAUUUCUCAGGAACGAAUGCAACCAGCAGAGAUGCUAGAUGAUAUGAAUUCAUACAUGAUGAACGACUCCUUUGUGUCAAUCAAGAGCAGGUUUUUAGGGCUUGAAUACAGCUUAGCACCCUUUAUUCCCUUCAACCAAGGUGCAAUACAUCAUCACAGACUUCUGUUUAAGUGAAGUUCAGUUAGGCGACUUCAACAUGACCCAUGAUACAAGUGCUGGGCAGAUACAUAAGCGUUCUGAAAGAUCAGAAUACCUCAUCCCAAGAGUGCAGAACCAGAGUCCAGCCUUGCACAACCAAAACAACUUUCUGUUUGUGUCUAAAAGAAGAAGAUGGUUAAUUGUUUAGUGUGUAAGUUGUGUUGUAAUCAUAGGAAUGGAACGGUGUAGAGAAACAACCCAUUGUCCCAUGUAGUAAAGCAAGUGAUCAUCCAUUCAUUAUUUUGUAGUUUUUUUAAUGGGUUUGUUUCCUUUUUAUAUAGCCAACCUUUCAAAAGCUAUGUUUGAUACAUCUUUUUUAUACAGAUACAUGGAAUGGAUGUUUUAUUUUGAGUGGAGUUUUUUGUUGAUAAAUUAUAAAUAAAUGAGAUGAUGAUGAUGAUGGGUAAAAUCCAUAAGGUAAAUAUAGCUUGGUCUACCUUGCAGUGUACAAAAAAUUAUGUAUGAUGAAAUGUAAUUACAUGAUAUGUGAUCCGAGGAAGCAAAAUAUUAAAGUCACAAUCACUGACAGGUGAACAGUCACAUGAUCCACAGUGUGCUGAACACAAGUCAAGGAAUGGGCUUUCAGUAGAUGCUGCCUUGAGAUUUCAGUGCCAACAGUGGCUACACAACGCAGAAUUUCUCAAUUGCAUUGACUGGGUGACAUCAUGAAGACUGAAAAUGUCAAAUAAAUCCAUUUGCAGCAGCUGUCCGGUACAGCUCCAGUAUUACACACCACUCAGAGAUGCUAAACUUUUCUUUCAUUUUUACUCUUAAUUGAAAAAGUCUGCUAAAAAUGAACUGAUAUCUAAGUGGAAGGUUUUUAUUUAUAUUUUGCAGCAAACCAACAUGAAAAAAAACUUGCCAGAAUUUACAUGGAUGUUAAGUGGUAGAUUUGGUCCGGCUACAUUUGCAUGAAUAAACCAUUGUUGCCUUUUUGAGAGGAAUAGCUAUGUUCCAUACACAAUGAAAUGUGGCUCGUUGAAACACUAUUAGACAUUAAAGGACAUGAAUGAAAAUUAGUGUUUUGUAUCGAGCUGCAAAUGGCAGGAGUUACACUUGUGAGCAAAGAUCUUAAAGAAAGGCCGAUUUACAAGGUAAUAAAUGCUUAAUUGUGAAAUGACAUCACUUUAUACAGGAUCUUUUUCCUUCCCAUUUCUGAUGCAUUCAUAGAUUACUUUCUCCAGAGAUCAGAGUGUAAAGGCCGGUAGCUGUGGUGGAGUCUUGCUUUCUGACAAGGUUGGAUGUUACUGAAACUUGCUGUAGUUACAACCUUCUGGCUAGUAUGGUCUCCCUAUUAAGGUCUCACCCAGCUGCCUUACCAUGAACACAGUAAUGUGAAGCAACAGGAUACUCUAUUCAAGUCAUGUAUUUCUGAACUGUUAGAAACUGUUUCUGUUGUGAGGCUAUGGUAUACGGGGAUACUUUUUGGGCAAGUCAGAUGGGUGUCAGUCAAACAGCUAACUGGAACAUCUUGAAAUAACCUGAACAAAUUGAUAGCUGCCGAGUUGCCUGAAAAAAUACCCCAGUCUAUCAUGACCACAUAUCAAAACACUAUCGAUGUCAUUCCUCUUUAAGAUGACUGCCAUUAGUCCACUGUUCUUUUUUGGGAUGGACAUCACUGCAGGUCAGGGGCCAUUCCUGACAGUCAGUAAUGAAUCUGUUUUAUCAGCCAUGAGCUGAUUUUUGUUUUCUGAAACUCAAAUAGAAAGUUCAAUAUGUAUUAAAAUAUAGAAUAUACUAUAAAUGUACAUGCGUUCCUAUUUUUGUGAAGAGGAAAUAUUUCCCAAUGACCUGAGCGGAGUAAAUAAAGUUUCCAACUCUU